AUGCUAGAAUCUUUGGCUGCAAACCUUUUAAAUAGGUUAUUGGGUUCCUAUGUGGAAAACUUUGAUCCUAAUCAACUGCAAAUGGGGAUUUGGAGCGGGGAUGUGAGAUUAAAGGGUCUGAAAUUAAGAAAAGAUUGUUUGGAUCGUUUAGAAUUACCGAUCGAUGUGAAAUUCGGUAUACUAGGUGAACUUAUUUUAAACGUUUCAUGGUCCAAUUUGAAGAACAAGCCAGUGAAGAUAAGCAUCGAAGAUUGUUAUCUUCUCUGUUCUCCCAGAGAACUGAAUUCAUUCCAAUCAGAUGAACAGAUCGAAAGAGAAUUAAGACUGAAAUUAGGGAAAUUGGCAGAAUGGGAACUAGCCAACAAAAUGAAACAAACAUCACAAUCACCAUCUAAUGAAAAGGAAAAAGAUGAAUCAUUUACGCAAUCAUUAAUAACUAAAAUUAUUGAUAAUUUGCAAAUAACAUUCAAAAAUAUACAUAUUAGAUACGAAGAUAUGAAUUGCACGUUUACAAAGACACCAUUUACACUGGGUGUAACUUUGAAUGAAUUAUCUGCCAUUUCAACUAAUUCAGAAUGGGAACCAAGUUUCAUUGAAUUAACUCAGGUAAUUACUCAUAAAUUAAUGACAUUAGACUCCUUAGCUGUUUACUCCAAUACCAAUUCUGAAUCUCUUCUUGAGCUUGAUAUGGAUACACCAGCAAUAUAUCAGGCAUUUCAAGAUACGAUGAUACGCAACGUAGAAUCAGCUGAUACUGACUCUCAAUAUUUACUCAAACCUGUUAGUGGGUCUGGUAAAUUGAGUAUUAACAAGGUAGGGACGACAAAGGAGAAUCCUCAUAUUGAUUUGGGACUAUCAUGUGAAGAAUUUGGAAUCGAAUUAGAUGAUGAACUUUAUUCUACCUUAUUGUACGCAUUGACAAAAAUACGCCUGAAUAGCAUAACACAAAAAUAUAAAGUGAAUAGACCCAGUUAUACAAUCGAGGAAAAUGCGAGAGGUUGGAUGGAAUAUGCUGCAAAAUGUGUUCUACAAGAGGUUAGAGAUAAAAAAAAAAUGUGGACAUGGGAUAGUAUCAAGAACAAAUGUAUUCAAAGAAGGGAAUACAUAGAUCUAUGGGUUGAAAAAAUGAAAUUGAAAUCACUAGAUGAACCAUUACCUGAUUCUGAAAAAGAGGCGAAAUUAAUAACUUUAACAAAAGUAUUACAAUAUGAUGAGAUCAUAAUUUUCAGAUCACUUGCCAAGAGAAAAUAUACACAACUUAAAUUGGAGUCAUCGGAACUAACGAAUCCACCCUCUGCUCGUAGUGCUGAAAAUCCGAAAGCUGGUUGGAUAUCUUCUUGGUGGAGUGGAAAUGGAGACCAACCUACAGCGGAUGAGAUUGUAAUCUCUGAAGAAGAAAAGAAAGAACUUUAUGACGCCAUUGAUUUCGUGGAAGAUAAGCCAUUUUUAUAUGAUCUUGAUAUCCCUAGAGACCAAACCAAAAUAAAGGUUACCGGUUUAUUGAAUAAGGGGUUCUUUUCCGUUAAGAAGAAAGAAUUGGAGGCACCGUUAGGAGAGAUUAUCUUUGAAAGAUGUUCAUUAGAAUUUUUACAACGUACCGACUCUUUCAAGGCAUCUUUCAAACUUCAAGAAUUUAAACUAGAAGAUGGUUCUCCAAACACUCUUUAUAAACAUAUUAUAUUUGCUAAAGAAGAAGACACUAUAAUAAGCACCGAAGGAAAUACUGAAAAGCAGCCACUUCUCCAAACAAUAUACGAAUCAAAUCCAUUAGAAGGUACAUCUGAUGCAGACCUUGAUAUUAACUUAAGAGGGAUGACAAUAUUUUAUCAUGUUCACUUUUUAACCGAGAUAAUCAACUUCUUUACACCACCAAAGCAGCAUUUGGACUCCUUAUCAGCAAUCCUCGGCGCUGCUGAAUCUACGAUGGGAUCGUGGACGUCCCAGUCACGUAUGGGCAUAGAAACCCUCCUAGAGGAACACAAGACAAUAAAUUUAAAAUUAGAUUUACAGGCACCAUUGAUUAUCUUACCAUUAGAUCCACACAUAUGGGAGACUCCUUGUGCUAUUAUUGAUGCUGGUCACAUUUCAGUAGCUAGUGAAAUUGUACCUAAAGAUAAGAUACAAGAAAUUAAGCAAAUGACUCCUUCAGAAUAUGAGAGUAUGACAGAUGCUAAUAUAACGAGGCUAAUGUAUGACAGAUUCCAAAUUAUUUCACAGGAUACACAGAUCCUUAUUGGUUCUAAUUUGCAAUCAAUGUUACUCUCCCUGACCAAUUCUAGCUUUAUAGCAACUGAGAAUUUAAAUAUAUUAGAGAAAAUGCGUUUAGAGCUUACAUUUGAUAUGUCAAUACUUACUAAGGCACUGCAAUUACCAAGGGCUCGUUUGUUUGGCCACCUUCCCCAGUUGCGUUUAUCUUUGAAUGAUUAUCAAUACAAACUGAUGCUACAAAUCCUUGAAAAGUGUGUGCUAUCUUUAUUUGAUUACAACAACCAAACUGAUUAUUCAAAGGUCACCGAUAUUGAUGAAUCAGACAAAGAACAAAAGCGACUACUUGAAGUGCAAGAUAUGAUUGAGAAAAUGACUGAACUCGAGCUAAAGAGAAAGGCUAUCGAGAUACAAUUCGAUGUUGAUCUUUUCAAAAUAUCACUUUUAAAAUGUACCUGUGCUGAAAGCAUGAAAUGCAAUAAAUUAAUUGAAUUUACAGGAAAAAAUCUAAGAUUUAACUUUGUGAAACAGGCAGUUGAGCUAAUGCUGGGAAUUACCAUCGGAGCACUUACUGUGGAAGAUUUCAUUGAAAAAAGCAAUAAUGAUGAGUUCAAGUAUUUGGUAACUUCAGAGACCAAAGCAGUAGAAAACACAAAUCAUUUAUUUAAUUUACAAUACAAAAGGGUCCAAAGAAUCGUGUCACAUGAAAAGAAGUUAAUUGAAGUAUUUGACCAGGACAUUGAUAUGAAUAUGAAGAUGCUAAGAUUGGUUUUGACGCCUAAGUCGUUGCUUACAUUAAUGAACUUUGUGUUUUUAACCUUCACCGAUUCUAAUGCACCAGAAACUCCGGCUGACGCUUUACGACAUAAUACAGAAGACACAGAGGAAUCACCUCAAAAGAUUAAUAUGACUUUAAAUAUGGAAGGUAUGGUGAUUAUAUUUAAUGAUGACAGUAUCAAACUAGCAACCUUAGUAAUCUCUGCAGGCGAAUUUAAGACAGUUCUUCUUCCAGAAAGUAUGCGUGUUAGUCUUAAACUGAACGGGUUUGACUUAACUGAUGAAAGUAAUACUGGCUUUGCUGAUGACUCUGUUUUUAGAAAAUUAAUUACUAUGAAAGGGAAAAACUUGACUGAAUUGAACUACGAAACUUUUGAUGCAACUACAAAUGUCAACCAAUACGACUCAUUGCUGACCUUUACAACGGGCCCUAUGCAUGUUAACUUCAAUGAAGCAUCAUUCAAUAAACUCAUUAGAUACUUCUUCAAGUUCCAACAGAUGAAAUCACUAUUUGAUAAAGCAAGAGAAAUUGCAUAUAACCAGGCUCCAUCCAUUGAAACAGUCAAUAAUAUGAAAAUGGAUAUUGUUAUAAAUGCGCCUAUUAUCCAGUUUCCGCGAUUGACAGAUUCUCAGAGUAAUUCAAUUGAUAUUCUUAAAGUUGGUCUUGGAGAAAUUUUUGUGCAAAAUCAUUUCACUAUUGGGGAUGAAAGCGAGAAGAUAAACAACAUUCGCCUAGGCAUUCGAACUGGCCAAGCUUCUUCUGUAAUCAAUCUGAAAAAUGGAACUAAACAAGAUUUAUAUAUGAUUGAAAAUAUUACACUGAUAUUUGAUAUUUCACAUCAUCGUCUCACAGCCGAAGAGACAGAAUUGAAGAUUUCUGGGUAUUUUGGUCCCUUGGAAGUUGAUUUUACAGAACUACAACUCUUAUACUUGAAGGAAAUAUCAGAUCAAUUAAAGGGUGCAUUUACAAUUUCUGAUGAGGAAAAACAACAACUAACCACAGAAUAUAACUAUACCAACACCUUAGAUAGCUCUACGUCAGAAGCAAUCAUCAAUGAACUUGGAGAAGAGAUGAAUAGUGAAAAUAAUGUCAUUGAAACAAAAAUGAAUGUCAAUACUGUUAUCUUAUUCAAUGCUCCAAAAAUUGCAUUAACUCUUUAUGAUAAGACGGAAGAAUGUUUGGAAAUAGAUAAGCAUAGCUUAACUAGGAUUACUCUUCAUGACAUAGGCGUAGAUUUAGAACUUGAACCAAACGGUGCUGUUAUUGGGAAGGCAUAUUUUGAUUCAUUUACAGUUGAAGAUAUGCGUGAUAUUAAGGAAAACCAUUACACUGAGCUUAUUCAAAAGUCAAUAGAAGAUACUCAUCAGUUUUCAGCAAACAUUAGUCGCACUAUUUUAGAGCAUGGUAUGCUUACAAAUAUCGCUGUAACUGUUAGUAGUCCUAAGAUUAUUAUUGCUAUGGAUCAUAUAUUUGCACUUAAAGCCUAUGUCGAUUCAAUGACUUCCCAACUUUUUUCAGUUUCGCAACCAUUGAAUGAAAAAUCUUCAAUUGCAGCAGUACCUGUGCCUUCUGAGCCACUACUGACAAACGAAGCUAAAAUGCAGUAUUCGUUAAAUAUCAUCGAUACGGCCAUUCUUCUUCUGGCAGAUCCAUCCUCAGAUGAGUCAGAAGCAGUUGUGUUCAAUGUUGGGCAAUUACUAUUGGGAGAACAAAAUAUUACAUCUUUAUCUGCCAAUAAUGUUGGGAUCUUUCUUACCAAGAUGAAUGUCGAUGAGACAUACAAACUUCGACUACUAGAUGAUUUUUCUUCAUCUGUAACUCUCGAUAGACGUGACUCCACCUCGGAAAGCCUCCUGACUGCUAUCCGACUCUCUGUUGAACCUUUAGUUAUGCGUAUUGCAUUAAGAGAUAUCCGUCUUGCAAUGUCUAUAUUCAGCAAGGCUGUGGUUUUGAUGAAUAAAUCACUUUCUCCUACAACGUCGGCAAGUUAUAAGCCAACGAAACCUCAUAAUAUUUUCUCAAAGGAAUUUGAGAAGAAGCUUGCACAAUAUGCCCCAAGUCUUGUUAGUACAACAAGUCACGAUUCGCUAGAAGAUGUCAAUUCUACUCAUUCCAUGCCUGAUGUCAUUUUGCGUGCCGAAAAGUUUGAAGCAGAUAUUGGAGGUUUACGGUUGAUUUUGAUGGGAGAUGUUCAUGAAAUGCCAAUCUUAGAUUUUAAUAUUGAGGCAUUUGCUGUUUCAGCGAAGGAUUGGUCUACUGAUCUCGAUGCAUUAGCUACAUUAGAGGCCUAUGUCAACGUUUUCAAUUACUCCAGAUCUAGUUGGGAACCUUUGAUAGAAAAGACCCCAAUUUCAUUCCACAUGGCAAAGGGCGAGCAUCAAGAUGCUUCAUUUAUUUUUGAUGUAAUUUCUAGGAAGAUGGCUGAAAUUACAUUAUCAUCAAAGUCUAUAGCGAUGCUUUCACAGAUUCCGAGUUCAUUAGCGACCGAUAUCUCUUUGAAACCCCGUGGUUCCCAAAAACCAUAUUUGUUAGUUAAUGACACCGGCCUAGAUUUUGAUGUCUGGAUUAAAACUAGUAAUAAUGAAGAACGGGAAUCUUUGACAAGAUUGAAAACAGGUGAAACGUUGCCCUGGGAAUUCGAAGAUUGGAGAUUAAUUAGAGAGAGGUUGGAUACAGACAGUAAAAGAAAUGUCUUAAGCUUAUCUAUCCCGGAUUCAAAAUAUAAUAGCAUUAUUACAAUUGAUGCCACGUUUGAAGGUGAAUUAUUACAUGUCCUCAACCCACCGGUGAAUCAUGUCCAUAAUAGAUUGGUUACCGAUUUAAAAUGUGGAGAUGAUAAUAUAAAGGUAAUCACCUUAAGAUCCACAUUGGUGCUUGAAAACACUACAUGUACUGACUUAGAUAUUAGAGUGGAAGCACCCGAAUUAAAAGAAGAAUUAAUUUUUACAGUUGAACCUUCUCAAAGUCGUUCAAUUCCGGUUGAGAAUGUGUAUACUUCAACAAUUCAGAUUAGACCAUCAUCUGACAGUAAUUAUAAUUGGUCUGAACAAAAAGUGAAAUGGUCACAAUUAUUAGAUAACCCAGUAUCUUUCAAAUGUCCUUCCAUAUCGGGCGUUGAUACGAACUUUUUCGUUGAAGUCAAUGGUAAGUACGAUUCCAAUGAGCCAUUAGCUAAGAUAUAUCCCCAUAUGAAAAUUGUCCUAUCGCCAUCCUUAUUUAUUGAAAAUUUACUGCCUUACGAUAUGAAUUUCAGUUUAUUUAACAAAAAGGAGCAAAUGAAAACUUACAGGUUUUUGGAGAAAACUGAAAAGCUGGCAUUACAUGACGUUUGCCUUGAUGAUUUCUUACUUCUCGCUGUUCAACCCUUAACAGAAACAAAUCCAAUAUCGAAAUCUUCCAUAGUCAAUACUCCUUCUAGGAGUGCUCUGGUGCCUGAAACAUUGAUAUCUUUAAAUUUAGAAAACGGCCAAUAUCUUCAACUUAUAAUUAGUUAUCAAAAGAUUGAGGGUACUAGAUCAAAAGUUAUCAGAAUAUAUUCACCCUACAUUAUUUUGAAUAAAACAGAUAGAGAUCUUUACUUACAGAAAGGGCUUUCAAAUGUAAUCCAAUCAAAAGUAUUAAAUCAAGAAGGAAAAAGAUACACCCUUCCUAAAAUGUUUUCUUUUGAAACAGUAGACACCAAAAAUAAUAGGGCUUGCAUUAAAUUUAAGGACACAGAAUGGAGUUUGCCAUUAUCUUUUGAUGCAGUUGGGCAACAUUUUGAUACGAACCUAAACAUUUCAAAUAAGGAACGUGAAUGUAAUUUAGGUAUUAGCAUAUCUGAAGGUCAUGCAAAUUAUGCCCUAAGUACAAUAAUAGAAAUAUCACCAAGAUAUAUUCUGAGAAACGAUUUAGAAUUUCCCAUUGAAAUUUGCGAAGUUGGAUCUGUUAAUAUUAUUUCAGUUGAUCCUUCAACAGAUAUCCCUCUGUACAAGUUGAGAAAUAUUAUGAAGAAGCAAUUGAUAAUUAGAUUGGCCGGCAAGAAUUCAAACUGGUCUGCUUCAUUUUUCAUUAAUGACAUCGGAUUGACCUACGUCAAGGUGCUCCAGGAAGAUAACACUCACAGGCUAGUAAAAGUUGAAGCUGUUUUACAGAAUGCAACAGUUUUCAUUCGAAUUAAAGAUGGCGAUGGAAACUGGCCAUUUUCGAUUAGAAAUUUUAGUGACACCGAAUUUAUAUUUUUCCAGAGAGAUACUAAAAUUGUAGAUGCCUACGAGGAGGAAGAUUCUACUGAAGAAUCUACUGACAUUGAAUACACACCAUUAUACUAUCGUGUUCCACCAAGGAGUGUAAUGCCCUACGCAUGGGAUUACCCAUCUGCUCGACAAAAAAAGAUAAUAAUUACUGCUCGUGGUCGUAAAAGAGAGAUUCAACUGGCUGAGAUUGGUAAUUUAAAGCCAAUGCGUCUUCCGGGACGAGUGCCCUCUGAAGAUCCCGCGAUAGUUGACCUGAAUGUUGUUGCUGAUGGGCCAACUCAAGCAUUGGUGAUUACAAAUUACAACCCAACAGUAAGUCUAUAUAAACUGAGGGGUCGAACAAGUUCUUCUAUGUCCCUAACAAGUUCUACUGAUGGGUUUGAGGCUGCUGAUGAGGAUAAGAACAUAUAUACCCAAAUUGUUGUACAAUUUGAAGGACUUGGUAUCUCUCUCGUUAAUUCCCAACUUCAAGAAUUGCUCUAUAUUAACGCGAAAGGUGUUGAACUACGAUACAACCAAUCCGAUUUGUAUAAUACUUACAGCUGGAAAUUGAAGUGGUUUCAAAUCGAUAAUCAAUUAUUUGGCAGUGUGUUCCCGAACGUACUGUACCCAACAGCUAUCCCAAAUACAGAAAAGGAAAUUACCAACCAUCCUGUAUUUUCUGGUUCCAUUUCUAAAGUAAAAGAUGAUUCUUAUGGAGUUCCAUAUUAUAAACACGUUACUUUCCUGUUACAAGAAUUUUCAAUACAAAUUGAUGAAGAUUUUGUUUAUGCUCUUCUCGAUUUCGCCAAAAUCCCUGGUGCUCCAUGGAUAAAUGAUGAUAAUACCAAGAAUUUCAAUGAUCGGAUUGAACUUCCAGAAGUUGAAGAAACCAAUUUUGGAAAUGACGUUUAUUUCGAAAUUUUCCAUAUUCAACCAACUUUAUUGCAUGUGUCAUUUGUAAGGACAGAACAUAUUAAUACCACAUUGCCAGAAGAGGACAAACCUGAAGAGCUUGGUUCCUUAUUCUUUAUGAAUAUGUUAACAAUGACGGUCGGAAACGUGAAUGACGCUCCAAUUAAAUUCAAUUCUCUAUAUAUGGACAACGUAAGGGUGCCACUACCAAUGCUAAUGUCAUCCAUUCAGACCCAUUACAGCCAACAAGUCUUUUAUCAAAUACACAAGAUAUUGGGAUCAGCUGAUUUCCUAGGAAAUCCCGUUGGUUUAUUUAAUACUAUUAGUUCAGGUGUAUGGGAUUUGUUUUAUGAACCAUAUCAAGGUUAUAUGAUGAAUGAUAGACCACAGGAACUUGGAAUUCACUUAGCUAAGGGUGGGUUAAGUUUUGCGAAGAAGACUGUGUUUGGAUUAUCGGAUAGUAUGGCAAAAUUUACAGGUUCAGUGGCGAAAGGUUUAUCUGUGACGCAGGAUUCUGAUUUCCAAAAGGCAAGAAGAUUACAGCAACGAAUGAACAGUACUAGUAGAAAUGUUUUCGCAACUUCUGCCCAAUCGUUUGCAAGUACAUUGGGUAGUGGUUUUAGUGGUGUAGCCUUAGAUCCGUAUAAAGCUGCUCAAAAAGAAGGAACUUCUGGAUUUUUCAAAGGUUUGGGUAAAGGUUUGAUUGGUCUACCAACCAAAACUGCUAUAGGAUUUCUAGAUUUGACAAAUAAUUUGAGUCAGGGUGUCAAAGGAACAACGACAAUGCUAGAUAUGCAGAGAGCAAACAGAGUAAGACUGCCACGUUAUGUUGAUCAUGAUAAGAUCAUCAAACCAUAUCGAAUGAGGGAGGCACAAGGGCAAUAUUGGUUAAAGAAUGCUAAUGGAGGACUCUUUAUGGAAGAUAAUUACUUAACACAUGUUAUUCUUCCUGGAAAAGAACUUUCCGUUAUUAUUUCUAUGCAGCGUAUAGCAGAAAUUAGAUUGGCUACUCAAGAAGUAAUGUGGAGUACCGUUUAUAAGGCUAUUCAAGGUAUAUCCUUGGAUAAAGAGGGUAUUAGCAUCAAACUGAAGUCUCAAAGUGAAUAUUUUAUCCCAAUAGCGAAUAUCACAGAGAAAAGAGCAGUCUACAAGUGUAUUGCUAUCGCUGUUGUGGAAUAUAAUAAAUCGUGUGAGGCAGUCCUCUGA